ACUGCCCCCAUACCAUUUUCCCUGCUCUCUCUCUCGUCUCUUUGCACUCACUCACCUCACAGCCAAACCACUUCUCUACGAGAGCGUCACCAAACACCCGCAAUCCACAUCAAUCAACAACACCUUUUCUUACCCAAACCAAAACACUUCACAAUUCAUCAUGCCUAAGGCUGCAUCUAAGCGAGGAGCUGGUACCCGCACCAAGCGGGCGAAGAAGGACCCCAACGCGCCCAAGCGUGGUCUCUCCGCCUACAUGUUCUUCGCCAACGAGCAGCGUGAGAACGUCCGCGAGGAGAACCCUGGUAUCACCUUUGGACAGGUCGGCAAGCUUCUGGGAGAGCGCUGGAAGGCUCUUAACGAGAAGCAACGUGCUCCUUACGAGGCUAAGGCCGCCGCCGACAAGAAGAGAUACGAGGAUGAGAAGCAGGCUUACAACGCUGAGGAGGAGGAGGAGGAGUAAAGCAGCACGAUCAAUCAUGCUGUGACUUCACCGACACAUUGAGCACCUCAUACCCCGGGAUGUCGCCCAGCCAUCACUCGGUGGCAGUGGCCGUCCGCGCUCUUUUCAUUUUCUAUCUCUCUGGAUGGGUUCGGUGUUCGGCUUGGCAGGGAAGGCGACCAUUUGCUUUGAUGACGGCACUGGAAGGCAUGCAUCAUGUUUGAUGACGAUGCCCAUGUAUGAUUAGUUAGGCCCUCUGAUGGGCUUGAGUCGAGUCGCUUCUGGGAAGAGUCUAGUCGAACACACGACGUAAAUGAGAAAGCAGUCUGCGCUCCG